ACCAGCUCAAAGGGACGCCAUCUUGCGGUAAACAGUUCGAAGAAGUGGUUUGAAAAGCGGGCACAAAAAAGUGUAGUUCGACCACUGCUCCAUCUUAGAUCAAAUAGCCAGACUUCUGCUACUAUGGGGGAUGUAUACGCACAGUCACAGAGUCAGUCAGAAGCAGCGCAACUAUUGGCUACAUUUUGGCCACGACAAAUGCAAGAAAUCCGUAAUAUGAGCCAGCAAGAUUUCAAGAUACAAGAACUUCCUCUCGCAAGAAUCAAGAAAAUAAUGAAACAAGAUGAAGAAGUUAAGAUGAUCAGUGCUGAGGCUCCUGUAUUAUUUGCUAAAGCAGCACAAAUCUUUAUCAACGAAUUGUCAUUAAGGGCAUGGAUCCAUACAGAAGAUAACAAAAGAAGAACUCUCCAGCGCAAUGACAUUGCCAUGGCAAUCACGAAGUUUGAUCAGUUUGACUUCUUAAUUGAUAUUGUCCCAAGAGAUGAACUUAAGCCUCCAAAACGCCAGGAAUCAAUACGACAAACAGUUGUAGCACCAGAACAAGUCCAGUACUACCUACAACUUGCACAACAUCAUGCAGUAUCCAUGCAACACCAACAACAAGGACAACAAGCACAGCAGACACAGGCAAUUCCUGGACAAGUACCACAACAACAACAAGUUGCAGCAGCAGCUGCGGCGGCAGCAGCCAAUGCAACAACUCAAUCACAGGCCAUUAUUACCAGUGUGCCCCAGGGUGUAGCCCAGCAAAUUGUUAGUAUGACAACGAGUCAGCCACAAAUGGUCCAACAAACAACAACUCAAGAUCAAGGAGAAGUUCAGUAUACUCAAAUACAUUUCAAUCCUGCCCAAAUGCAGUAUCUACGUUUACAGCAGCAACAACUUCAACAACAACAACUGCAGCAACAACAGCAGCAAGUUGUCGUCACUCAACAUCAACAGGUUGAUCAACAACAACAAGCACAACAAAAUACAGCACAACCAACACCYACUGAGUUUACCUUCACAUCAGGUGGACAAAUUUACCAAAUCCAGCAAAACCCACAUUCCGGUACAGCUACAGCAGUCGCUAUAGCAGCGGCUCCACAACAACAACCACAGCAGCAACAACAACAACAGCAACAACAACAACCAWCAUUUAUACAACAACAAACUACCGAACAGACAACAUUAACACCCGCCGAUACUCAACAGCAACAACAACAUUCGCAACAACAACCACAGCAACAACAACAGCAACAACAACARCCGCAGCAACAGCAAUGAGAAACUGUAUUAACUUCGCCACUUUUCCCGCCAUUCCUUGCAAAACUAGCAUACGUAACAAAGCGCUUGAGCUGAGAGACUGGGCUGUUCCCGCAAAGGUUCAUGGAGCUGGCUCGUCCUCACUUAACUAUCUUAUAUAUAUAUUUUGCUAUUUUCUGCUACGAGAAAUUUUUUUUAAAUAAACAGUCAUGAUGUCAUGACCUUUUUUAAGACAACAAACAAUAAUCACGUGUUAURUCACGUGARUGUUGCUAAGCAGCACGCCUCUGGACAAGUUGACUACGCAAGACGUGUUCGAGUAGAUAUUACACUAUAACAGCUUUAAUAAUUCAUAAUCUAGAUUAUUCAGAAGGGUCUGGUACAUUCCUGGUUUUCUCCUAAAAAUCCCCAGAGCAAAACCGUUUGACCCAGACMCCCAUAACAUGCACAUCAUUAACACAAGUGUCUUGCGUGAUUGUCACGGCUGUGGUAACUUAGAUCAUAUAACGCAAUAAAAGCAUUGUCRCGCCCCGCAAAAGCUCAAAUGGUAUAUAUUAUAUGCAAAAUAAACGCAAAAUGUGAAAUUUA